AUGGGAGCAACGGACAAAGACGAACGGCCGUUCAAUUUUGCCGGCGACGACGACCUGCCUUCUGAUGCAGAUGAACACCCUACAGUCUCCAAAGACAUCGUCUCCGAUGCCCUGUUAAUGGUGCGUGCGUUCUUCGCCGAUGUCAGAUUCUCUUCGGCCAUCCCAGCUCAUCUGAACUCCACUGACUCUUAUUCUGACUUCUUCCGGCACUUUCUUAAGGUCCGCUCCAUCAAACCGGGCAAAAUCUCAUGCCUCCUCGUUGUUAAGCCUCCAAUCCUGAAUCUUUAUGGCGGGAUGCAUGGAGGAGCAGUUGCGGCGGUAUCCGAGCUGAUGGCUACUGCUUGUGCUAGGACUGUCGUGGGAAAGGAAAAAGAUGUUUUUCUUGGAGAAUUGAGCACAUCUUAUCUCUCUGCUGCUCCUUCUGAGUCAAAAGUGAUUGUUGAUGGAUCUGUGGUAAGAAGUGGGAGAAGCCUUACUGUGGUUGCUAUUGAGUUCAAGUUAGAGGAAUCGGGCAAAUUGGUUUACACUUCUCGUGCUACCUUAUAUCACCUACCACCUGCAAGUCUAUGA